AGGAUUCAUUGACGUCAGAGGAAACCAAAAAAAUAACCAAAGGGGAAAAACAUGAUGCAAGAUUGUUUCGUGAGGGGUUCAUGUCGCCUUCCCUGCCCUAGUACACCAGAUUCUAUCCCCUUCCUACCACAGCUCAGGUUUCAGGUUAGCAUGUGGUCGUAGAGCUUGUGAACAUGUUCACAUGGAAGAGUUCAGCAGAGUAAUCAAGGGCCUCUACUAGAGCUCCAGCACACUGUCGACAUGUUUUUUUUUUUUUUCAUUUCCUAUACAGUAAAUAUGAGUUGGUAAUAAACCUAAGCGAAAUAUGCAGGAUAUUAACUUUUGUAUAAGGUAUUAUUACAUACAGCACGCAGGCUUUGCUAACAUUUCAUCAAGCCUCGACUGGAUUACAAGUCUGGCUCCUCGGUUGCUGACUCCGUGACGUCAGUGCAAGCCUGCUCCUGAUUGGUUGAGCACUGAAGUUUGGCGAUUGUAAGGAGGAAUCCAAUUGGCCGAAGUUGGCAAAGGUUUCUGUGUGGCAUGUUGCUGUUGCUUAUAACUUAGAUGUUUCAUCGUAAACAUAAACAUAAACACCGCUUUCGGCGUUGAAUUAUUUUUUUCCUCCAUUUCGAUAUGCGGGAUAGUUUGCUAUUUGGUAGUGUGUAUCCAUGUUUCAUUGUGUAGGGCAUCCUGACACUUUUCACCCAAUGGAGCUGGAGGGCCAGUGGUGGAAAGGCCAACUGGCUGGAGAUAUUUACCAUGCUCUGCGCUACAAGGAGCUGAGGUUGCCUGUUUACAAAGGUCAGUCCCCACAACUGAACCUUAGGCGCUACUUUGCAGACCUCAUAGCCAUAGUGAGCAACCGGUUCAGGCUGUGUCCUGCAGCUAGACACCUGGCUGUGUAUCUGCUGGACCUCUUCAUGGACCGCUAUGACAUCUCUGUGCAGCAGCUCCACAUGGUGGCUCUUUCGUGCCUACUUUUGGCUAGUAAAUUUGAAGAGAGAGAGGACAGAGUACCUAAGCUGGAAACCCUCAACAGCCUCACUUGUAUGAGCUCCAUGAACCUGGUGUUGACCAAACAGGGCCUAUUGCACAUGGAGCUGCUGCUCCUUGAGACCUUCCACUGGAACCUCUACUUACCCACAGCUGCCCACUUUAUCGAGUAUUACCUGUCAAUUGCUGUCAGUGAAACAGAUCUACAUGAUGGCUGGCCAAUGGCUUGCUUAGAGAAGACAAUGUUGUAUAUGAACAAGUAUGCAGAUUACUUUCUGGAAGUCUCUUUGCAAGACCAUGCAUUUCUGCGAUUUGCGCCGUCAUUAGUAGCUGCUGCCUGUGUGGCUUCAUCUCGAGUAAUCCUGCAUUUGGCUCCGACCUGGCCGCCUCGUCUACAGCGCCUGUCCGCCUACGCCUGGGAGCAGUUACUGCCCUGCGUGGAGAGACUGCUUCUUGCUCAUGAUAGUGAUGUAAAGGAAGCCAACAAGCAGAAGUGCCAGCUACAGCAGCCUGGUGCACAGCCAGGGCAGGCUGUGUUCCCAGCACAAAGCCAGAGUGCCACAGUAGCCCAGUACGUCCACAGACCGGCCUUGCAAUAUGGCCAGCAGAGCUGCCCACCUGUGCUGGUCUCGGCCCACGCCUCAAGUGCCUACCUGUGCCAUAGUAGUUCACUGCAGGUGUCUAGUGGCCCGUCACAUGGGCAAGCACAGCCACAGACUAUCUCUGUACCUCUGGAUGCUAAGAUGAAGAUGCCGAACAGGUCGUACCAGGUGAACUCCAUUUACUCAUGCACAGCACCGUGCUUCAACAGGUGAUGGCAGCUGGACACCGGCUACAAACUGAGCGGUUAAUUAUAUAAAAGACAUUUACUUGAGUAUAAAGCAAUCUAUGAAAAUGAUGGUAAUGCCAACCUUCGCAUCUCAAGCUGGAUAAUUCAAGCUCCUGAAUCCUGUUUUAAUAAUUAAAAAAAAAAAAAAACACUGAAGUAAUGGACAUUGUGUUAAAUACUGUAAUAACUGAACAACGAAGUGCAAAGUGAGCAAGAUGUGCAAUCCUGUGAGACUUAUUUCAUUCAAAUUCCUUCCAUGUGAAGUGUUUGUUUUCAUUUGUUUGUGGUUUUUUUUUUUUUUUUUUUUUUUUUUUUUGCACUGAGAACAGUAUUUUUUAUAUUCUUGCUGCUUGAGAAGAUGGUGUGAUUUUUAUCAGCACCAGCAAGCUUAUGCCAGUGAUAACCAGGUUACCUCAGAAACGUUGAAUGUAGGCUGUUACCCUGUGAUGUUACAAAUGCACUUUGGUACCAAACAUUUUUAAAAUAAAUAAAAAAAAAUAUGUUGUACUAUUGUUGUACAACAUAUUUUCUGUUGCAUACUGCUUUAUUGAUCUGAUCCUGUUUUUGAGCACCACAAUAACAUACAAUAUUCUAAUUAUGGUGUACAAUUUUAUUACAAGUAUUCCAAAGACAUGGCAUUAAUGCCUUACAGCUGCAUGGUGCU